CUGAAAUACGCGUCAUGCGGACAUGACGCUCCGAUACGAUGAUGAAAAACCUGGUCGGGAUCAUGUGGAUAAUACACGUGCUAGUUCUAGGAUGUUCCGGUAAUCCAGAUGCCAAAAGACUUUACGAUGAUCUGCUUUCCAACUACAACAAGUUGGUACGACCAGUCAUCAAUGUCACCGAUGCCCUCACCGUCAAAAUUAAACUCAAGCUAUCGCAACUUAUCGAUGUUAACCUCAAGAACCAAAUCAUGACAACGAAUUUAUGGGUUGAACAGGCCUGGUACGACUACAAGCUUAAAUGGGACCCAAAAGAUUAUGGUGGCGUCGAGAUGCUUCACGUUCCAUCGGAUCAUAUAUGGAGACCAGACAUUGUCCUAUACAACAAUGCCGAUGGAAAUUUUGAGGUGACGCUCGCCACAAAGGCCACACUCAACUAUACUGGUCGUGUUGAUUGGAAACCGCCAGCCAUUUACAAGUCUUCCUGCGAGAUAGACGUCGAAUAUUUUCCAUUCGACGAACAAACCUGCGUCAUGAAGUUUGGAUCCUGGACUUACGAUGGAUUCCAGGUGGAUCUGCGCCAUCUGGACGAGAUAAAAGGAUCUAACGUAGUGGACAUUGGCAUCGAUUUGACUGAGUUCUACACAUCUGUUGAAUGGGACAUCUUAGAAGUUCCUGCUGUUAGGAAUGAAAAGUUUUAUACAUGCUGUGAUGAACCGUACCUAGACAUAACAUUCAACAUAACGAUGAGAAGAAAGACGCUCUUCUAUACCGUUAAUCUUAUAAUCCCAUGUAUGGGCAUCUCUUUCCUCACCGUACUUGUGUUCUAUCUUCCCUCCGACAGUGGCGAAAAAGUUAGUUUAUCCAUCUCUAUUCUUCUUUCGCUGACUGUGUUCUUUCUCCUUCUCGCUGAGAUCAUUCCACCCACAUCGCUUGUGGUACCCCUGUUAGGAAAAUUCGUGUUGUUCACAAUGAUUUUAGAUACGUUCAGUAUAUGCGUAACAGUAGUAGUUCUGAACGUCCAUUUUCGUUCACCACAGACACACGUGAUGGCACCAUGGGUGCGGAGAGUCUUCAUCCAUAUUCUUCCACGACUUCUCGUAAUGCGUCGACCUCAUUAUCAGUUGGACAGUAGAAGUCACCGCGUGAUGGUUAGAACAUGUAACGGUUUAGAGUUAAGAGAUUCGGGACUCUAUCACGAUACCUCCGACUUGGCGGAGGAUCCGUCGGGAUUUUUCCCGAACGCCAGCUCCAUAGAUGAACUGACCCCAAGGGAAUUGGAGGCAGGAGCUCUACGGUCCUGUAGCAUCCACGGUACAACUCCACCUCCGAGUAUGGGGUUCCAUUUAGGGGAACACAUUUUAGAUUCGAAAGGUAUUGAACAUAUAGAAGAACAUCUCAACGACGUUCUAAUGAAGGAGUGCCAUCCGUGGCACCACUGCCCCGAAGUCCAUAAAGCCAUAGAUGGUGUUAGAUUCAUCGCAGAUCAUACCAGGAGAGAAGAGGACUCCACAAAGGUCAAGGAAGACUGGAAGUACGUCGCCAUGGUUCUUGACCGUCUCUUUCUGUGGAUUUUUACUCUAGCAGUAUUGGUAGGUACUGCUGGUAUCAUACUUCAAGCACCGACUUUGUAUGACGACAGAAGGCCCAUCGAUAUCCGUCUCUCCGAAAUAGCCUCUACCACGGCGAAGCCCCAUCUAGCGAUUUCACUUUAAAGCUCGACCGAACCGACGGCCUUUAUACUCAGAGAGACAGUGACUCUCUGAAGGAAGGUAUUUGGAGCAAGUGGAAAACAAGUCGAUAUCAUUUCUGAUUUGGCAAAAAUCGUAGUAAUUGUUAAUAUCAUUAUAUUACAUGAUCUGCGUAUUUAAUUAUAGUAUUGGGUUCUUUUCCAAUUUGUAUUUCUUUUCUUAAAUAAAUAUAUAAAGAUGAUAUUCCAAAAACGUCGAAAAAGGCAAAAUAUUCAUUAUUUCUACUCUUAAGUAGAAUCUUAAUGAUGGCAUGUGAUUGAUUUUUAAGAAUACCACACAUUCCAUCACAUACAAUCAUGACAGUGAAACACUCGCUUGUGACAUAUAAUUACAUUAUGAAUCGUACGUGAGAAGAAAAUCUUAAAUACUAACCGAACGCAUGGAAACCUUUAAGAUGUGGUUAUAUCGGAUAAUACUUAAAAGUUCGUAGAUUGACCUAAUCACAAGUGAGGAGAUCCUCGGAAGAAUGAAUAAGAACCGAGAGGUACUCCCAUCAUCAAAUCUCGAAAGUUGGAUACUUCGGAUACAUUAUGCGAAGUGAAUCCAGAUAUACCCCCUAUAAGCCAUCCGAAAAAUAUUUGAGAAGCGACGUACAGGAAGAAGAAGAGCAUCCUGGUUAAAGAACCUCAGAACCUGGUUUAACACAAUAUAUUACGUGCAACUUUUCCCCGCUGCUGCAGAUGAGAUAUAGAUUGCCAUGAUCAUCGCCAACGUUCGUCAAGGAUAGGCUAAAGAGAAUAAGACUAACCAAAUGUAAAAAGUAUUGCAUGUUAUAUUUAGUUUAAUAUUCACUAUCAAAACUAAAUUCAGUGACCAUAAUAGAAAGAAUGAUUACCUAACCUUCUUUAUCAGUUUAAUUCGGUUUAUGCAAGCUGUUUCGUAAAACAACUAGUGUACAAUUAAGACUAGUUUUUAUGAGAGAUAUGUCGUCCUAUUAGAGGUAAAACUCACUAACUACACUUUUCAGAAAGUGGGUAAAAAUCGAUUUAAAGGUACAGAUUGUUUUUUAAAUUCACCUUACUUGAAUAUUGGAAUUUUUUAAUGGAACUUUAAAGAAUAAAUAAAAACAGAUAUUUUAAGCUAAAUUUCGUCACAGGAACUAUGAUACAAUCAAUAUUAGAUAAAUUUUUGUACUGAACGAGUUUUUCCAUGAACACAAUUAUUGGAUAUUGAUAUCCUAUUAGAGGUAAAACUCACUAACUACACUUUUUACUUGAUUAGUUUUUCCUUGAACACAAUUAUUGGAUAUUGAGAAGUUAAUUAAUUUGUCUCCAUAAAAUUUCGCUGACUUACAACAAACAAACUAUCAAAAACAACAGUCUAUUAUUUAAAAAAAACAAUAAGUUUCGUUCUUCGAAAAUAAAUGCAAUUCUUUCGUCAUUUAUGACAGCCACAAAAAUCGCCUGCUUAAUUGCAAAAUAGAUUAUGUUACCUUUUAUGUAAGCUAUCACGGUUACAAAGAAAUUUAAUCUCAUAUUUCUUUAAUGAAUCGCCGAACAGAUAAUGCACACAAAUAUAAUGUACAGUUUGUACAGUUUCAACAAUACAAUGCAACACACAAGUCGCCUGCUUAAUCGCAAAAUAGAUUGUUAUCUAAUGUAUUGUUUGAAAAAUUCGUUACCGAUUCGGCAUUCCAGAUUGUAAGGAAAAAUUCACUAAGUGCAAUAAUUAGUUUUAAUGUGUUUUACGCUGAAACCAAAAUUCACAAUAUUGCACUCCAUAUUGAAAGGAAAAAUUCAGUGAGUGCAAUAAUACGUUUUAAUGAGUUUUGCCCUGAAACCGAAAUUCACAAUAAUGCACUUAGUGAAUUGUACCAAAAAUUAUCUUAGGAAUUAGAAGGGUUAGAGCCCCAGGUGACUUCUCCACAGCUGGGCAGUACCGUAUUGAGUUCAAAUUGAUGAAAUUGUCAAAAUCUCAAAAAAGUGCACUUGGUGAGUUUUACCUCUAAUAUAGGACGAUUUAUAAAACUUUUUCAACUUUCUCAAGAAAUAUGUACCUGAAAAUAAAUAGGAAAUAAGGAAAAUAGUAAUAUCAAUAUCCAACAACCGGAUCAAAAAUAUUGGUCAUUAUUUAACCGUCAAGAAUUCGAGCUUUGAAAUAUUAAAUAAAUCCAUGUAGGUACUUAAACGUCUUGUAACCAAGGUGAAUUGUAUCACAGAAUGAAGCAAACGUAGGAUAAUUCUAGCAAACAAGCGAUAUUUUAAGUUGAGUAGGCUACUAAAUGUCGAAUACAACCGACCAUUGGUCCUGGCUUUCCUAGACUUUCGCAAAGCAUUCGAUACGGUAUACCUUAACAACGAAAUGGAAAGCCAUAUAUAAUACAUAGGUUAUCGGUACUCCAAACUGAUAGCAAACAUAUUCAAUAAUACAACCAAGCUCUUUACGGAAGUUCUGGAACAUGCUUUCAAACAAUUGGAGUGAGACGCCAAAGGAAUCAAAGUCGACGGCGAAAUGCUCUCACGCCUACGAUUAGCGGACAACAUAGUUCUGAUAGCAGGUAACUUAAAAGAGAUUAGAACUAUGUAUAUUUACUAAGCUAGAUGCCGCCUAUAGAGAAGUUACUUAGGUCAUGAAAUCAAAAUUGCCAGGGACAAUCAAACUGGUAAACUACAAAGAAAAAUGCACUUUAGCAAUGCCCACAUAUGGAGCUUUAUCAGACACCUUCAAGAGCAACAUAUCAAGUUGUUUGAAAAAGAUUACAUUUGACCAAUGUGUGCUUCCAAUCACGACUUACAGCGCCGAAACACUUUCCUUAACCCAGUCCAUAGCAACCAAACUGGGGCCCAAUAUAGAACGAUAGUUACUUGGAUUGACUCUAAGAGACAGGAUUAUAAAUCAGGAGACAAGAAGAAGAACAGGCGUCACAGAUGUCAUAGAGCGCAUAGCAUGGCUGAAUUGGAACUGGGUGGGCCAUGUGGACAGAAUGAAUAAUGGGCGGUGGACCCAACAAAUUACAUUAUGGAGACCACGAGCCGAGAGAAAAAGCAGGGAUAUUCUUUUUCUCAUGAUCAUCUUUCAGUGCGUCACAGUUUUUCGAUUUCUUUCUAAAGCAUUAAAUUGUAUGUGACAGAAAAAAAGGCACGUCGGUGAUUACUUCUAGUUCUGUGAUUAUUUUAGUUGUCGAUAGAUGGCGCCAUAAUUAAAAAAAUAUUUUUUUUUAAUUAGAUAAUAAUAUUACCAAUAUAAUCUGUAUAAUUUAUAAGACUAUACAAAUCAAAGAAAAUACCAUUUUAUAAAUGCAAGAAACACAUUUGAUUUGUUUUUAUUCCAAAUUGAAAAUAAAAUGUGACAACUGUCAGAUUUAACUAAAAUGUCAUGUUAGAAUAAAUGCCAUAAAUGUGUAUUAUCACGGACUUACCCUUUUUCCUAUCAUUUGUGACGCACUGAAAAAUGAUCAUGAAAAGGACAAUAGACCAUCUACACGAUGGACAGGAGACAUCAAAAUAAUCGCUGGGCAUUGGCGGCAGGAAUCUCGAGACCAACAGAACUGAAAGACGUUAAAGGAGUUUAACUCCCUAUGACUAUAGACUAUGUUUAACUUUGUACGCAGGAGGCAGGAUGAGUGAGAUGAUGACGAUGAUGAGUCAACUAAAAAUGUAAAAAAUUAUGCUAGAUAACAAAGCUAACAAUAAACAAAAGACUUGUUUGACCAUUGCUGAUAUACAGAUCGGAAACGUGAACCAUCACCAAAGCAGAUGAAAACCUUUUCUCGUCUUUCAACGAAGGUCUCUAAGAACAAUAUUGGGUGGCAACGGCGAAUGUGAUAUCUGUAGGAGAAAGUAGAUCUAUGAAAUAUAUAUUUGAUAAACAAAGACAUGAUAUAUCUUAUAAAAAGAGCGAGACUGAGAUGGGCACGACUAGAGAUUUAACAUAUCUGAAAAAAACGGGAAAAAAAUUGGGAAAAAACAGGUUUUUUUUCGUUU